AUGUAUAAUUUAAUAUUUUGGGUAAAUUCUCGUUCAACCACAGUUAUUGAAUCAUCUGAAGUAAGAACCAAAGACGUUUUUGGUAAAUUGAUGAUCCAAUAUGGUAAUAGAUUUUAUCAUGCCAGAGUUAUCGCAACAAAUGAAAAUAAAGCAUGGCUUGAAUCACUUGAGGUUAAUUUGAAUGGCCAGAUAACAGGAUGUCUGCUACAUACACAUCAAGAAGGAUUAUUUCAGGAUGAGGUACAAGAACAAGAGCAAGUGCAGGAAAUACAGCAAGAACUUGUACAACAACAGGAACAGGAGGAAAUACUAGAACAGAGACAGGUACAAGAAGAAGAACAUGAAGAAUUUGCAGAAGAACAAGGAAGAGAAAAUUUAACCAUCAAGGAUAUAGAUCUUCUCGAUAUAGAAACAAGAUGGUUAAAUAAUCCAAAAGAAGUCGAUCGUAGACUGUUAAAAGCAAUAGUUGGAACAGAUCAGCUACGAACAAUGACUUUGACUGGAAGAAACGGAUUUAAUCCACUUCGACAGGAAAAUGAACCAAAAUUAACAGACAAUCAGCAAGCUGUUUAUAAUACAAUUUUACAAAGUGUAUUGCAAAAUACUGGUAAAUUAUUUUUUCCCGAUGCACCUGGUGGAACUGGUAAGACUUUCAUGCUGAAUCUUUUGCUUUUAAAGCUACGUGUGCAGGGGAUAAUUUCAUUAGCAGUCGCUUUUUCGGGGAUAGCAGCAACAUUAUUACAAAAUGGCAAGACAGCACAUUCCGCUUUCAAACUCCCUUUGAAUCUUCAGACUACCGAGCGCCCAGUUUGUAGUGUGAAGAAGCAAAGUUCUUUAGGAAAAUUGCUAAGAGAAACACGUUUUAUUGUUUGGGAUGAAUCGACAAUGGCAAAUAAAGGUGGUCCUGAGGCACUUGAUCGGACGCUGAACGAUUUUAGAAGUGAUGAUCGUCCGAUGGGUGGAGUUGUUGUUCUUUUUGCUGGUGACUUUAGGCAAAUAUUGCCAGUUGUACCAAAAGGCAGUAAAAGCGAUGAAAUCAAUGCAUGCUUAAAAUCAUCAUAUCUUUGGUCUUCCAUAACAUCUUUGAGACUAACGACCAAUAUGCGUGUACACCUUGGUGGUGAUAAUAAUGCUGACCUCUUCUCUCAAACACUUUUAAAAAUUGGUAGUGGAACUUUCCAGAAUGAUAACGAUAGUACGAUACAGAUAACAUCUACAUUUGCAAUUUCCGUUCUAGAUCAAAAUAAUUUAAUCAAUAAAGUAUAUCCCGAAAUUUCUCAACUUUCCAAUAAAUCUAAUGAAUGGCUCCGUGAACGUGCUAUUUUGGCCCCUAAAAAUGACACCGUCAACGUCAUAAACGAAAAGAUUCUUUCUAUGUUUGAAGCUGAUGAAAAAACUUAUAUUUCUUUCGAUACACUUAGUGAUCAAGACGAUGUUGUAGAUAUCCCGAUCGAAUUUCUCAAUUCAUUAAAUCCGUCAGGUCUCCCACCACACAAACUUAAUUUAAAAAUUGGCGCCCCUAUUAUUCUCAUGCGUAAUUUAAAUGCUCCAAAAUUGUGCAAUGGGACAAGGUUAAGAAUAAUAUCUUUGAAGAAAAAUCUCAUCGAAGCCGAAAUCCUAACUGGUUCUGCGAGUGGUUAA